GUGAAGAAAGAAUGAAAAAAAAAAAACAUUAAAAAUGGAGAAAGAAAAAGGAAGACAGAAGAGGAAGCAGUGUGAACAACUUCUCAAAGUUUCCACUUUCGACAUUGCCGACGGCCCCAAAAGACACCGUCAUUCGUUCCUUUUCUCUCACUAGAUUUCUGAUAUUACUGUCUUCAUUUGUGUUUGGGUGUGUCAAAGCACAGAGAGAGAAAGAUGGCUAUGAACCAAUCAAAGGCUGUGUUGCUGAGAGUGAGUUUGGUGGUGGUGGCUCUCUGCAUAGCAGGAUACAUAGUGGGUCCCCCUCUCUACUGGCAUUUCGUUGAAGGUUUGGCUGCAGUCAGCCACUCUUCUCCUUCUGCUUGUGCCCCCUGCGUCUGUGAUUGCUCUUCUCAACCUAUUCUUUCCAUUCCUCAAGGUCUGAGCAACACUUCCUUUGGAGAUUGUGCAAAGUCUGAUCCAGAAGUGAGUGGAGACACUGAGAAAAACUUUGCAGAGCUAUUGACAGAGGAACUGAAGCUGCGGGAGAACCAAGCCAUGGAAAAUCAGCAACAUGCUGACAUGGCACUGCUUGAGGCAAAGAAGUUUGCAUCACAGUAUCAGAAGGAAGCUGACAAGUGCAAUUCAGGGAUGGAAACUUGCGAAGAAGCUAGGGAGAAGUCUGAGUUGGCAUUAGUGGAGCAGAAGAAGCUAACUGCAUUGUGGGAACUUAGAGCACGUCAGAAAGGGUGGAAGGAAGGGCUUGCUAAAUCUCAUGCACGCUCUCAAGGAAAAGUGCAGAGUUCUUAGAUACAUUACAUGCUUUCAUAAUAGUUUUCAAUACUGAUAAUAGAAAAAGCAAGUAAUCCUGUCUCUCACUUGUGUUUGUGAAAGAUCAAGUGUAUCAUACAAAUGUUGUAUUUCUAUCAUUCAUUUUUGGAUAUUCAAUCUACGUGUAUCACCGUUUAAAUCA